CUUUCACGUGGAUUCUGGGGAGUCCCCACUGAUUGUCAGUUUCUAUGGCUGUGCUAGUGAAUUUUACUCCCGGGCCCCGCAGCCUGUGGGACGAGCCGGUGGCGAUCUCGGUACACGGUCUGACUCCGACCCAACGGGUCACCCUGCACGCCUCCCUCCGCGAUGAGAAAGGGGAGCUCUUUGAGUCCUCUGCCCACUACCAGGCGGACACGGUUGGGCAGCUGGACCUGCGGAAGGCGCCCGCCCUCGGGGGCAGCUACCGCGGUGUGGAACCUAUGGGGCUCUUCCGGACUCUGCAGCCUCAGAAACCUUUUGAAAGACUAGUGAAGCGGGACGUGCAGACCCCUUUCCACGUGGACCUGGAGGUGUAUGAAGGUCACGACCCCCAGCCCACUAAACUGCUGGCACGCGUGGUACACGAGCGGGGCUUCCUGGGGCCAGGGGUGAGAAGGAUCCCGGUGCGAGAGGGCAGCGUGAGGGCCACGCUCUUCCUGCCUCUUGGAACAGGGCCUUUCCCAGGGAUCAUUGACCUAUAUGGAAGUGGAGGGGGGCUUUGUGAAUACAGAGCCAGUUUGCUGGCAGGACAUGACUUUGCUGUGCUUGCUCUGGCUUACUUCAGAUUUGAAGACCUCCCCGAAGAGUUGAAUGAUAUACAUCUGGAAUAUUUUGAAGAGGCCUUGGACUAUAUGUUGAAGCAUCCAGAGGUGAAAGGCCCAGGCAUUGGGUUACUUGGAUUCUCCAAAGGGGGUGACUUGUGUCUUUCCAUGGGCUCCUUCCUGAAAGGCAUCACAGCCACAGUGCUCAUAAAUGGCUGUGUGGCAAACACAAUGACCCCACUGCACUAUAAGGAGAUGACUCUUCCUGAUCUUGGAAACGACUUAGAGAGACUCAAGGUCACUGAAUCAGGCCUUGUAGAUCUUACCGACUUUUGGAAUAACCCAUUAGAGAAGCCCAACUGUCAAAGCCUCAUCCCAAUAGAAAAGGCCCAAGGGCCUUUCUUGUUCAUUGUUGGUCAAGAUGACCAUAGCUGGAAGAGUGAGGCCUAUGCAUGUAUAGCCUCUGAACAACUACAGUCCCAUGGUAAAGAAAAACCUCAGAUCAUCUGUUAUCCAAAGACUGGACACUGCAUUGAACCCCCUUAUUUUCCUCCAUGUUUAAUAUCUGUGCAUGGAAUGGUGGGCCGAGCAGUGUUCUGGGGAGGUGAGUCAAAGGCUCACUUUAUGGCACAGGUGGAGAUUUGGGAGCAAAUUCAAACAUUCUUCCAAAGAUAUCUCAAGAGUAAAGAAUCUACAUUCCAUAACAAAAUGUAGUGUGCUGGUCUAGGAUCCAUUAUUCUGGGCUGGGCCUGAUUCAAGACAAUCCCCUGGUAGUUUAUGUUUGAUUAUGGAAUACAGUGAGACACUUGUAGAUCAUCCAUGCAACAAUUAACAAAAGGAGCUUUAUGUAGGAACAGAAGAAGCAUAUUCAACAAGGAUAGACACUGAAGACACCUUAAAUUGACUCGGCUAAAUGAAGCACUCUUGUCUGAAUUGCCCAUCUUUUCCAUCAGCCGAGGAUCAGGGAACAACUCACGGUCAAUUUGUAUAUUCUGGUAAUCAGGAAGGGAUAUGAACAGCCUGAACCUUUAGUCUCCUGAGCCAGUCAAGUCUGGAAGACAAUUUCAAUAUCUUUUAAGGAAAAACUAGCCUAACUUUUACAGAGGCAAGAGUUAGGGUACUGUUCCUACAACAACCAUAAUUUUAUGACCCUGGACUCCAUGCUACCAAGAAGGAUCCUCUUUAUAUGACAUGAAAGUAUCAUGUCUUACUUGUUAAAGUUCUAUUUAAUAAUAAGCCAGAGAGUUCAAAUCAGGGGGUUCUUCCUUGGGCCCAGAAAUGUUUGACUGAAGACUUUUCUUCAUCAACAGAGAACACCAAAUAACUCCAGUUAUGUAUCAUCAUAACUGAACUUUUAGAAUAAAAUAUAUUUGGAUUUUUACUCAA